AUGGCACAGUGGGGUACUCGUCGUAGGCGAGUUAAGUUCCUUGGCCAGCAUGAAGAAAACAAACCCCAAAUUUCUUCCAGCAUCACUGAGGAAGAAAAUUCAACAGAUGAAUUUAAAGUAGCUGUGAAAGCUGAACCUCUAGAAAUACCAGAAAUCAAGAAGAGGAAGCGCCUCAGCCUAGGCAAGGGCAGAUGGACAACUAGUAGCUCUAAAGGUAGGACAAAGAAGCGUAAUAAUGUGACUGAAAGAUGGACAGCUGAAAGGUAUAAGCUGGCAGAGGAAAGUAUGAUGGAAGUUUUGAAGGCUGAAGGUGCAACUUUUGGAAACCCAAUUUCCAGGCUAGAACUCAGAUCGUUAGCACGUAAGCGAAUUGGUGAUACCGGGCUGCUCGAUCACUUACUGAAGCACAUUGAUGGUAAGGUGGCACCAGGUGGGACUGAGCGGUUUCGGCGGUGGUUCAACACCAAUGGAACAAUGGAGUAUUGGUUGGAGAGUGCUGAUCUGGUUAACAUUCGUCAGGAAGCUGGGGUGCAUGAUCCUUAUUGGAUUCCACCAUCUAAGUUGAUGCCAUGUGGUGCCCCCUCAGAAGAUUCUGUUUCUGCUGGAGAAUUGAAGCUACUCAAGGCAGAAGUGGAUAAAAUGAAGAGUGAUAUGCAGGAGCUGCUGUUAUCCAAGAAGCAAGAGAAAGACCGAGCCAAUCAGCAGAAUAUGCUUGAGGAUUUGAUGAAAUGGAAAGCUCAGACUGAGCAAAGCUUGAAAGUGAUUUUAGGUUCUUGGAAGGGUAUGCAGGACAAGUUUGAGGAAUUAAUGAUGUGGAAAGCUAAAGUUGAGCAACAGGUAGCUGAAAUGACUAAUGUCAUGAGUAAUAUGCAAGUACCAAAGCAAUACACUGCCACCAACCCUGAAACAUCUGAGCGAUGGGAAGAUUGGCUAGAGAGCACCAACCUCGAUAAUUUUCAGGGAAAUGAACUUGUGCCUUGGUUUGAGAGCACAAAUCUGCAAAUAAAGGAAGAAAUUACUGAAAUGGAGAGAGAUGUGCAUGAGCUGAUACCAAGGAAACAAAAAGAAUAUCAAGCUAAUGUGACCCCUGAUUCUUCUGCUACUGCAAAUUCAAAGUCAGAGCUUGAUAAUUUGUUUAUGUUUCAGGAAAUGUUACAGGAGUUGUUCAAUUGGAAAUCUAUGACGGAGCAGAAGCUGAGUGAGAUGUCAAAUUCCGUGAAUGCCAUCAAGCAGACAUCAAAACUAAUGAGUCCUCCACUCCCUCCGCAGCUGCCAGAAGAUGGAAAUCUGAGUAUGGAAUAUCAUCCUUGUUUCAUGUUUUAG